AUGACACCCGUUUAUGAAAAUGAACAGACCGCAAUCGAGAGUUAUGAUGGUGUGGAAGAUGGCUGUUACUACAAUUAUAAUCACUAUGGCGAAGGUGAUAGAAUCAUUACCAAUGAGCCAUGUCUAAAUUGUACUUGCCAUAAUCGCAUGUUAAUGUGUUAUCUAAGAGUUUGUCCAUUCACAAAGCCUAUUGGACAAGACUGCAUCGUAGAGAAACGAGAGGAUCAAUGCUGCCCUGUUAUCACAUGUCCUGAAGUUCCAGUGGAACUUUUUGAUAACAGCAGCACAACUGUUUCAUCAACAGAAUUAGCAUUACCAGAUAAUUAUGGAUGUUCAAUUAAUGGAAAAUUCUUUGCUGAAGGUGCCCAAGUACCAUCGAAUCCUAACAAACCUUGUGAACUUUGCUAUUGCAUAAGAAAUAUGACUGCUUGUGUGAUGCAAGAGUGUACAUUGCAUAUUGAUGGCUGUCAGCCAAUUUAUAAUAGAGGCGUGUGCUGUCCCGUACGAUAUUCAUGCGAUCAUGAUUCAGAUACGUUACCAUUACUUGAUGAUCAUUCAUCGACAACAGAAAGACCUACAGAAGGAUUUAUUCUCACGACACCAAAGACAGAAUCACAAGAGUGUUCAUAUAAUAAUAAAACAUAUGCUGAUGGUGCUGAGAUAAGAACAGAAGAUUCAUGCAAACAUUGCUAUUGUAUGAAAGGAGAUAUGGUGUGCGCUGUACCUGAAUGUGGUUCUCCACUUGAACAUGAAGAUAAAAAUUGUGUUGCAGUUGAUCCUAAAGAAGGUCAAUGCUGUCCGGAUACUUAUAUUUGUGACGGUACUGAGACAGUUACAAUCCCACCUGAAUCCCAAGAUCAAGAAUUACAACAACAUAUCCUUCCACAAAAAGGAAUUAAGGGUGGCACAAAGACUGCUACAAAACGACCAAUAGAAGAAAAACCAAAAGAUACUAAGGCUGAUAAAUCUUCAGAAGAUGAUACAGAUGAUGAUCUCUUAAUGUCAACUCCACCUCUAUCAAUUGUGACUGAACCAGCAAUUAAAGAAACAACAAUGUCAUUUGAUGAAUCAGGAGAAGAUGAAACAGGAGAAACAACUUCUGCACCAAAAGAAGACGAAGAAUCUGAAACAACAGUUCGUAUUCCUGGUGAGACGAUUGAUUUGGAUGUAAGAGUGUCUGAUGGUGACAAACAAAAAUCGACUGAGAAACCAGCAGAAGAAGAUGAAACAACAGUGAAAUCUGAAGAUGAAGAAGUGACAGCUAAGCCAAUAGAUUCAGUUGUGCCUGAAGAAGGCGAAAAGGAAACCACAGAAUCUUCAGAAGAAGCUCAUAUAGAGACUACAGCUAAAUCUGUGAAAGCUGUUGAUGAAGAAAUUUCUGAAGAAGAAAUGACAACACAAGUUCACGUUGAAGAGCCUAUUACUGUGCUUCCUGGAAAAGAUGAUGAAGAAACUGAAGAUAAGACUGAAAAGAAAUCUCAAGAAGACACAACAUCACAGCCUGAAGGUGUAACUGAACAACCAGAAGCUGAAACUGAGAAAUCUGAAGCUGUAACUGAACAGCCAGAAGCUGAAACAGAAAAGGCUGCAGUUGUAACCGAAAAGUCAGAAGCUGAGACUGAGAAGGCAGAGAUUGCUACCGAGAAACCAGAAGCUGAAACUGAGAAAUCUGAAGUCGCAACAGAACAACCAGAAGCUGAAACUGAAAAGGUUGCAGUUGUGACCGAAAAAUCAGAAGCUGAGACUGAGAAGGCAGAGAUUGCUACCGAGAAAUCAGAAGCUGAGACAGAGAAAUCUGAAGUUGCAACAGAACAGCCUGAAGCUGAAACAGAGAAGGCAGAAUUAGCAACUGAAAAACCAGAAGCUGAAACUGUUAAACCAUCAGACAUUGAAGAAACUACAACUGAGAAGAGAGAAGAAUCUGAAGAGAAAAUUAUGGGCAAAGAUGAAGGUCCUGUAGGUAGUGGAGAAAGUGAUGAAUCAUUUGAAGAUAAACUUCCUGUAACUGAAGUUCCUUCAGAAGUUGAAACUAAGAAACCAUUAGAUGAAGAAACACCUCCAGCGCGUGAAGAAACAACAUUGAGAACACCUGAAGAAAUGGAGAAAGAAGAACAGACAACUGAAGUAUCAUCGAAAGAUGAAGAAGCCACUACACUUAAGCAAUCAAUUGAAGAAGCUGUUGAACCAGAAUCCACUGAGUUACCUUUAGAAGAAGAAACAACUGUGAAAGAUUCUUCGAUUAAAGAAGAUGAGAUGGAAACAACAAUGGCACCUGCUUUAGAUAACAAAGGACUGCCUGUUGUUGUUGAAGAAGAAACAACAUUAUCAUCAACUUCAGAUGAAACUGAAGAAGCAAAGACUGAUAAGCCUUCUGUUGAUCAAGAAGAUGAAACUACAGUCAAAUCUACUGAACCUGAAGGACUCGAUAUGCCGACAACUAAACCAAUUGACUUAGAAGAAACAACAGAAUUAUCUGAGAAACCUGUGGAAAAAGAAAUUGAUGAAACAACAGCCAUUGUUCCAGAAAUAAAAGAAGAAGAGAAACCAGAUGAAGAAACAACUGUCAUAAGUGUUCAUGAUGAAGAGACUACACCAAAAUCAGUUAAAGCUGUUGACGUACCCGAAGAAGAAACUACUCAAGCUACAGCUGAAGUUGAAGAAAAAGAGUCAGACACAACAGCAGUUCCAUUAGAAAAGGAAGCUGAAGUUGAAAAGGCAACAACAGAGAAGAUUGAAGAUGAAGAAGAAACGACAAAGAAACCUGAAACUGAUUACGCUGAAGUUCCUCCAAAAGAAAUAGCAACUGAAUUGCCAUCAAUUCCUGAAGAACCUGAAGCAGUUACCAUGCCACAGAAACCAAUUGAAUCCGAUUCUCAUGUAAUGGAAGACACCACGACUGUAGAACCUGCAGUUGAAGAAGAAAAGGAUGAAACUACAGUUAAAUCUGUUCUUGAUGAAGAAUCUGAUGAUAUGAACACAAUUAUUCCUGAACGCACUACUGACCAACCAGAAAAAGAACAUGCAGCACCUACUACACAUCAACCUGAAGUGGAAGAAGAAACAACAGGAAGACAAACGGAAUCUCCAUUCGAUGAGAUGCCUCUACUCAUUCCUGGCGAAGGCGAUUGUCUGUUUAAUGGCAUUACUUAUACAAAUAAUUCACCAAUUCCUACUGAUGAAGAAUGCCUUGAAUCAUGCGUAUGCUUUAAUAGCAUUGUUAGGUGCAAGAGCUCAUGCGAUUUGGGUCAAGAUACAACAGAAAAACCAGAAGAAGAAGAAGAUACCACUGCAACAGUUGUUGAAGUUACAAAACCAUCUGCAGAAGUACCUGCUGUAGUCAAGGAAAUAUAUCCAACUGAACAACCAUCAGAAGAAACAACAGAAGCAGCAGUUGUUGAAGAAGAGAAACUUACUGAAGCUCCAGCCACUGUAGCCCCACUCCAACCAGAAGUGGAAGAUAAGACAGAAUUCGCUGAAACAACUUCCGUACCAGAAGAAGAUCAAACAACUGACAAGAAGGUAAUAGUUGAUGAAGCUGUUGUCAAAGACGAAAAGGAUACAACAGCACAACCACCAGAGUUAGAAAUUUCACAAGAAGACACAACAAAAGCACCAAUUGAGGAAGAAGAAUCUGAAACAAAGAAAGUAAUUCCUGAUAUGGAAGAGUUUAUUGUAACUUCAAAACCUUUAGAAACUGACGCUCAUAUGAAACCAGAAGAAGAAACAACAUUGACUCCUAUUAUGAUUGACGAUAGAAUAGAUCUUGGUGUUACUGAAAAAUCUGAAGAAACAACAGAUAAACCAAAAGAAGGAGAAGAAGAAGAAGUCACUCAACGGCCAACAGAAAAAUCUGCUGAGAAACCUGAUGAAACAACAAAGGAAUCAGAAGGAGAAGAAGACAAGGAAACAACAUCAGUGCCAAAAGAAAUCAUAACAACAUUGAAACCUAUCCUUGAAGAAGAAGAAGAAGAAUCAAUUUCUACUUCAGUUCCAGAAUUAAUGGUAGACGAUAAGAAAGAAGAAGUUGAAACCACCGGAAAACCACUUGAGGCUGAAGUUGAAACAACAUUGAAACCAGAAGUUGAGCUUGAAAAGGAAGAAGAAACAACUCAUAUUCCUGACGAGAAAGAAGUGGAACCAGAAGAAAAAGAAGAGACAACUGUUAAAUCUGAAGUUGAAAUUGAACCAGUAACGAAGAGCGAAAUUGAUGAAGAACCAAUCACAAUCAGAACUGACCUUAAACCAGACUCAGAAGAAACGACAGUUAAAGAAGGUAUUGAAGAGAUCUCAACAGAAUCUUUAACUUCAGCUCCUGAGGUUCUUGAAACAACAGCUAAAUCGACUGAACUUCCUAUAACUGAUGAGGAAACAACAAUCAAAUCCGUCUUGUCCGAGGAAGAACUUGCCACCGGACCUCCGAAAGAUAUUUCCGAAUCGAUGGAAGUUGAAACUGAAAAGACACCUGAAGUUCCUGAGACGACAGACAAAACUGGAUCUGAAAUUGAAGUCCAAGAUCAAGUCACAACAAAAGGUGAAACUUCUGAAGAAACAACUCAUAAGAUAGAUGAGCACGUACCAUUGUCAGAAGAAACUACUGUUUCUGCUAUUGAAAAAGAAGAAGAAGUCGAUGAAGGUUUAACUACAAUUGCUUCAAUUGUCGAAGAGAAACUUGAAGAUGAAACAACAAUUAAAACUCCUGAUUCAAUUGAUACUAAAUUCAGUCCUGAAGUUGAAGGAGAAACAGUCAAACCAAUCGAGGAAGUUGAUGAAGUUAUUACAACUCUUAAACCAAGAGAAGAUGAUGAACAAACAGUCGCUCCAAUUGGUGAAGAAGAAGAGAAAACUACAGUGAAAGCAGAUCUCGAGAAGCCUGUUGAUACUGAAGUAAUUCCAGACAAAACCGAAGAUGAAACUACAGAAAGAGUUGUGGAAAUGGAAGAAAUCACCACCGAAAAGAUUGAAGAUCUUGAAGAAGGCCAAACAACUAGUAAACCAAGCGGUGAAGAAGUUGAAACUGAAAGACCAGCAGAUGAGAAAGAACUUCAAACAACUCAGAAAUCUGACAAAGUUGAAGAAGAUGAAACUACAAGAAAAUCGAUUGAUAUUGAUGAAACAACAGGUAGAGUCAUUGAAGCUGAAGAAGAAACAACAGGAAAGGUUAUUGAAGUGCAGGAGCCAGAAACUACUGCUAAAGCAGCUGAAGAAGAAGAAACCACUGGUAAACCACUUGAAGAAGAGCAUCCAGAAACCACUGAUAAACCACUUGAAGAAGAGCAUCCAGAAACAACCGGCAAAACUGUUGAGGUUGUCGAAGCUGAAACAAGCAAACCAAAUGAAGUUGAAGAACCAGAAACCACUGGAAAACCAACUGAAGAAGAAGAAAAAGAAACUACAGGCAAACCACUUGAGGAAGAACAACCAGAUACAACAAGUAAAUCUGUUGAUACUGUUGAAGCUGAAACGAGUAAACCAGCUGAAGAGGAAGAGCUUCAAACAACCAGCAAGACAGUUGAAGUUGUGGAGGAAGAGACCACAGGAAGACCAGUUGUUGAGGAUGAAACGACAGUCAAAUCUAUUGAAACAGAAGCAGAACCACCGAAACAUCCAGAAGAAGAAAAAGAAGAAACAACCAGUAAGCCAAGUGAAGCUGAGGAGCCAGAAACUACUAGUAAAGCAGGAGAAGCUGAGGAACAAGAAACCACUGGAAAACCACUUGAAGAAGAACAUCCAGAAACAACCGGCAAAACUGUUGAGGUUGUUGAAGGUGAGACAAGCAAACCAAUUGAAGUUGAAGAACCAGAAACCACUGGAAAACCAGCAGAAGAAGAAGAAGAAAAAGAAACUACAGGCAAACCACUUGAGGAAGAACAACCAGAUACAACAAGUAAAUCUGUUGAUACUGAAGCUGAAACAAUUAAACCAGCUGAAGAAGAAGAGCUUCACACCACCAGCAAGACAGUUGAAGUUGUGGAGGAAGAGACCACAGGAAGACCAGUUGUUGAGGAUGAAACGACAGUCAAAUCUAUUGAAACAGAAGCAGAACCACCGAAACAUCCGGAAGAAGAACAUAUUGACACCACAAGCCAGCCAAUUGAUGUUGAAGCGGCUGAAACUACUGGAAAACCACUUGAAGAUAAAGAAACUCAAACAGAAAAAGUGGAGCAAAUGCCAUCAGCAGAAGAAACUACAAGCAAAGCAGAAAUUGAUGAAGCAGAAACAACAGAGAAACCAAUCGAACACGAUGAACCACAAACAACAGGAAAACCUUCUGAAGUUGAAGAGGCUGAAACAAAGAAACCAGAGGUUGAAGGUGAAAUGGAUACAACAGUUAGAACUGUUGAAGAAGAAGAAGCUGAAACCAAAAAACCUGAAGACAAAGAAGAAGUUCCUGUCAUUGUCCCUGAAGGAGCAGAGACAACGCAUAGACCUGCGAUUGACAUCGAGGACAGACUUGACGCUGAACAAACUACUGCUGGUAAAGUUGAUGUCGACGUCAGCGGAGAAGAAACAACAUCUAAACCUGUUGAGUCUGAUGAAACUACUGAAAAACCAAUCGAUCAUGACUUACAAGCAACUCAGCGACCAGAUGAUGACAUUCAAAAACAAGUUGAUCAUGAUUCUCAAGUUCCACAACAUCCUGAAGAAGAGACAUACACCACUGAUGCAUCAAUUAAACAACCUCCAGGUGGCUACCCUCAACCUACAUUCCCAGCAUACGAUGAAGAUUACACAGAAGAAGAUGAAGAUCCAGCUCAGUUUGGUCCCGGAACUUGUCGAUAUGGUGGAAAACUUUAUGUUUCAGCUCAACAAAUUCCACGAGAUGAUCCUUGCGACUUUUGCUUCUGCUUCCGUAGUGACAUUAUUUGCUUGCAACAAUCAUGUCCACCACCAAUUCAAGGAUGUCACGAAGAACCAAUCUCUGGUUUCUGUUGUCCACGUUAUGAAUGUCAUGUGGCAAUGGCUACCGUUAUGAACAUUACCACAAGUACAACAACUACUACAACGACACUCCCACCUCAUUUCGUGAAUUCCUACAAAGGUGCCGCACGAAAGAGUGGCUGCCAAAUACAGGGUAAAGGUUACAGAGUAGGUGAAGAAGUGUCGCAGUCUAGUGGGCCAUGUAUGCGUUGCGUAUGCGGCGGAGAUGCACAAAUGAAAUGUGAGCCCAAAGCUUGUAGUCCAGCUCCAAUGCUUCAACAAAUGAUUGCCACAGCAUCACAACGAAGAAGAAGAUAAAGUGAUAGGAAAUUUUAGUGGAAAGGCAAUUGAGUUUAAGGUUUAUCUUUUCGUAUGAAAAGAAAAGUCGUGUUUUUUUGUUGUAAAUUAUUAUGUAAACUUCAGAACCCGAAUUAUGAAUGAAUUAUUAUUUUAAAUUUAAAAACUACAUCUUGACAAACAAUUGGAAUCAAUUUAAAAAAAUUAAACGGGAAAUGCAGUUUUUAAAAGAACAAAAUGAAUCUUAAAAAUACCUUUGAAAUUUUUUGAAAAAAUCUAUCUUGAUGGUAAAGCAAACAAACAAUCGCCGUUUUCCGCUAACGUACUAAACAAACUUAUAGAAAUUUUUUUUGAGGGUAGAAAUUUGUGAUGUAAGAUAUUGUAAAAUUUUACCAUCAAAAUACUUAUUAAAUUAUUGGCGGCAUUCGAUCUUGAAUGAACUAGCUAAAGUUAUUAAGAACAGCCUGUAAACUGCCAAUUAUUAUUAACUUAUUAAUUUAAAUUAAUUUAUUCAAUAUAAUUUUCCUAUUCUGUCUUCAUUUUUUUAUUUGAAAUAUAAUUUUGGUAUGUAAGUUGAUAGCGGAUGCUUUCAACAAUCCUCACAAAUUUUUAUGUUGAAAUUAUUUCAUCGAUUUUGCAUCUAGUCUCUCUUUAAAUUGAAAAAAAAUGUUAAUAUGCAAAUGUAAAAUUGAAAGCAGUAAUAAGCCGAUCUUGUCGAUCCUAAAUUUUUUUCUGAUGUUUUUAUUUUGAACAAUCUUUAUCUUAUAUCUGCUAUUAAUACAUGUCAUAAGCAUUUAAUUUCUUUAUAUUAACUACCUACUCAACAUUGAAUGAAAGUCUGAUUGUUUGAUUUACUGAAAUAUUUGAUUCGCUUUCUUGAACAUUCAGAUAUGUAUUUCAUAAACUUUAGUUAUGUUUCCUUUCAAUUUCCAACCUCUUACUUAUGUAUACCUGGAACGUUUAACGAAACUCUAAUUUAAUAAACAAAAAAAAAUCAAAACACAAUUUCUUAUGCCAUAAUCAACGAUUUUGUUUUAAAAAAGAAAUAAUUAAGAACAGGAGAGCGUUCAAUUUAGCAUAUGAAAAAUUUAGAAUAUUCAUUGAUAUGCAAAAUUAAAAGAAAAAAGCGAUUGAAUAUGAUGUCGAUUGAGCCGAGAAAUAAAACGCGUAAUUUGAUAAUAAAAGUAAUUGUUAAGAAUUAAGUGAUCAUAGGUUAUUUUGUAGUUAUUUAUCCUUAACUAUCAGAAAAAUGAAAUUUUCAAAAUUGAAAUUUUAUGUUUAAGUUAUCAGGCAUCGUUUUUGGAAAAACCUAUGAAAGAAAAUUUCUGCCCAUUUUAGGAAUAGUUCAAUGUCUCAUCUUGUUAUGAAUUAUUGUGAGUCAAAAGCAUCGAUUUAAAGAUAAACAACUUGUGCAUUCGAAAAGAGAGACAUUUUCCGCCUACAAAUCUUUUGCUUCCUUACAAUAGCUCAUAACCAAAACAGAGACUGUAUGUGAAAUCUUUUAAUUUGUACUUUAACUCUAAGAGGAUAUUUUUGUUU